AUGGCGAAGACUUUAGGAGAAGUCGGGGACACCUACCCCCGAAAGAACGAAGGAGUCUGCAAAAUCUACCUGGGCUUCACGCCGUUCGUCAUGCUUACUCGAGCCCAGAGCGCCGAAGCUCUGCUGUCAGACAAUGUAAACCUCUCCAAACCGAUGACAUACAGAUUCUUCAACAAGUACAUUGACGGCUCACUGCUCAUAUCAACCGGAGACUUCUGGCGCUUCCAACGGAAAAUCCUGACCCCGGCCUUCCAUUUCAAAAUCCUCGACGACUUCAUGGGAGUUUUCAACAAACAGGCUGCCAAGUUCGUUGUGUAUUUAGGCAAAUUGCCCUUGAAUGAAGAAAUCCGGGUGUUGCGCGAGUCGAGUAAAUGUACGAUCAACGUUAUCGGCGAAACAACUCUGGGACACGACGUGGAUGCCAUGUCGGGCGAGAACUACUAUGGGAGAGCCCUUUCGUUACUACAAGCCCUGAUAUUGGUCCGAAGUUUCCGUCCCUGGAUGUGGUUCGACUCAAUCUACUACAGGUUCACUCAAGAAGGCUCGCUCGCCAAGCAAUGUAUCAAAGCUAUGCACGGACUCUCCACCCGCAUCCUACGCGCGCGUCUCCACGAGCGCAAAGAAGAAGCCAAGGAGCGAAGCAAAAUCAACGGUACACUUACCCCAGCACCCCCGGAAAAGAAGAGACUUCGCACCUUGAUAGAGAUUCUCUUGGACUCCCAUGAACAAAACCCUACCUUAGUGCCCGAGAAACUAGUCCAAUCCGGAGUAGACUUGAUGCUUUUUGCCGGCCAAGAUACGACAGCGACCAACCUGGCGUGGACGGUGUUCCUGCUGGGUCACAGCCCGGAUGUUCAAGAGAAGUGUCGUCAGGAAUUGUUUCGAGUUCUUGGGCCCGACCCCUCGAGCCCGGUGACAUCUGAGCACCUGAAAACGUUGAAGUAUUUCGAUGCUACGAUCAAGGAGUCCAUGAGAGUGUACCCGCCUGUACCGUUGAUCGGGCGACAGCUGGAGACAGAUAUCAAGAUCAAAGGGGACGGGAGAUCGUUCACCAUCCCUGCGGGGGUGCAAGUCUUCGUCUCAAUUUUCCAUAUGCAUCACGAUCCGAAAUACUUCCCCAAUCCCGAGAAAUUCGAUCCUGAACGUUUCUUGGACGAAAACGCACCCCACAAGAGCCAUCCGUUCUCCUACGUGCCGUUCUCUGGUGGACCCAGGAAUUGUAUCGGACAAAAGUUCGCCAUGAUGGAGGUCAAGGUUAUUCUCGCUCAUCUGCUCAGGAACUACAGAUGGACGAGUACCCGAGCCAGAAAAGACCUGAAAUUGGUUUUCGAAAUCGUCAUGAGAGUCAAAGGAGAUCUCCGUAUACGACUCGAGCCCCUGCGUCCGACGGAGCGUCUGAACAAAGAAAACUCGACACCGGACUCGCUGACAGCCUAG